UGCCACCAAAGAUGCCACCAAAGACCGGUACCAAGAUGCCGGAGAGCUUACCCCACAAAUGCUCCCAGUGUCCAUAUAGCUCAAAGAGAAAGUGGGAUGUAAAACAGCACUACACAAUAGUCCACACUGACGAAAAGAAAUUCCAGUGUGAGGAGUGCCCAUACAAGUCAGCUAAAAAGUGAAACUUAGACCGGCACUAUACCUCAAUGCAUGGCAAAAGUGUCAAAGCCAGGAAAUGUGUUCAACUGGAGCAGGCACGCGGCGCGGCAGCAGCUGGUUAUAUUACACCGAACAACCGGAACAACCUGUCAGAAGAGUCGAGUGAUGAGGAGGGCAGCCGUCAGAAGGAGAGAGACCUGCUCAUUAAAGUCAAGUCAUUACAAGACAAGAACAAACAGUACGAGUCCCGUCUUCGCAAGGAGGAGGAGAACAAGAAGCAGCAGAUUAAGAUCAUGCGGAAGACGCACGGCCACAAUCUGCAGGAGAAACAGGACCUCAUCAACAAUCUGCAACACGUCAUUGAUGAGCAGGAGACACGGAUCUUUGAGAUGGAGGCAGAAAAAAGAGGUCAGGCCGUUACUCGAACUAAGAAGCCUUCCUCUGGGAUCCAAAAGCUGGUGGAACAGAUCAACAGGCUACAGGUGGAGAGGGGCAGUCUACAGGAGCAGCUACUGACUACACAGCUCAAUCUGGAGCAGGCUAAGUUGGAUGCUGCAGGGGGGCAGAAGUUCCUGCAGGAGAAACAGCAGGACCAGGAGAAGAAACAGCAUCAGGCAGAGAAUGACCUCAUCAGGAUGAGGAGUGAACAGGGUACCACGGACAACGAGAAACAGGUCCAGAAGUUGGAGGUCGCGAAUGAGAGGCUUCAGCGAGAGGUGAACGACCUGAGAACCCUGGUUCACAACCUGAGCCUGGAGGAGAAGUCUCCCAGUAAAGUGGACAGUAGGGACUUAGGGGGUCAUUUGCCUUCAACAGCCAAGUCCCUGUGAGCGGCCAAUGGUUGAGCCCCAUUCAGCAAGUUGAGUGCUCAACCCGCCAAUCAUUGAGCCCCGUUGAGCAAGUUGGUACUCAACCCACCAAUCAUUGAGCCCCGUUGAGCAAGUUGAGUACUCAACCCACCAAUCAUUGAGCCCCGUUGAGCAAGUUGAGCACUCAAUUUGGGGUCGAACCCAAGGGGACCAAUUGUUUAAUUAUCGGGACAUCAUGGCAUGUGUCAGUAAAAUUUGAGCAAAAGUAAUUAUACUGCUGUCAUUUUGCUCAGGUUCUUCCCCAUUCUUGGCUCUUGUUGAAGGUCCAUUGUUGGUGUUCUAACUUAAGCUACCUAGGUUGGAUUUGCUGUAUGUAUACUUACAGUAUUAGGUUCUUUGAAAAUCGGCUGCUUAUUUGGUCAAAAUGCCAUUGCUACAUCUGAUGCUGUUUGGGGAUCUUCUUGUGUAUGGAAGGGAAGAGACCCACUUGCCAUCAAAUAUGAGCUAAUUUAUCACUUAGAUUGUAAUAUUUUAUAUACCAUCUGGUAGCUUUGCAACAUUAUUGGGAACCUGUUAAUGAGGUAUGUGUUGGCUAGUCCCCAGCACAUCAAUGUAUGAGUACAUAGAUCAUUUCUGCAGUGCAGUGCCUUUAUUUCAGUUGCCACAAUGUAUGAGUACAUAGAUCAUUUCUGCAGUGCAGUGCCUUUAUUUCAGUUGCACC